UGCUUUUGUUGUUUGGGGUGCUCAUGGGACCAUCUGUCUGUUCUUUCCUGCUCUCCCCACCACUGCUGCUACUGUUCCAUGGUGUCCAUGGGAACAGCCUGCCAAAAGUAUGUGGAAACUCUAAAGUAGCUGGGAAAAUUGUAGGAGGGCAAAAUGCCCAGAAAGGACAGUGGCCAUGGCAAGUCAGCCUAAGAGUCUCAGCAGGGCUACAUAUCUGUGGAGGCUCUCUCAUCCAUCCAAGUUGGGUACUGACUGCAGCUCAUUGCUUUAGCAGUUCCCAGCGGCCCUCAUAUUAUCGAGUGAUGCUGGGAGAGCUGAAGCUGUAUACGUCCCCACCCAAUUCCUCCUUUGCAUCUGUGAGAAGAAUCAUCAUUCACCCUUCCUACCAAAGAGGAGCCAGUAUUCCCACGGGGGACAUUGCACUGAUACAACUGGGCUCUCCUUCUCAGGUCAUGCCUGUGUGCCUCCCAGCACCCCAGACCCACUUUGUUAGUGGCACUCCGUGCUGGGUGACUGGAUGGGGAAAAACCAAUGAAAGAGCUGUUUCCUUGACCUUACAAGGAGUCCAGGUGCCCCUGAUUGAUGCCAAAACUUGUGAUGCCCAAUACCACAUCAAUAACCCCACAGAUUCAGGACGACCUCUGGUUUUGGAUGACAUGAUCUGUGCUGGGUACGAGCAAGGCCAGAAAGAUGCCUGCCAGGGUGACUCCGGAGGCCCUCUUGUGUGUAAGGACAAUAAUACCUGGUUCCAGGUUGGGGUGGUGAGCUGGGGAGAAGGUUGUGCCCGACCCCACAGACCAGGAGUGUAUACCCGGGUCCAGAACUACACAGAUUGGAUUCAAAGCACCAUCGCCAAUUUUGCUUCAGUUGUUCCUUCAGGACCUACUUCUCCUACUCUGCUACUGACGCUGGUUCUUCUGUGUGCGAUGAGAUUUUUCCCAUAAUGCCUCAAUUUUGUAACUUCCCGGCGUCUUUUCUACCCCUUCAUCUGGAGUCCUCAUUAACCUCUCUGUACUUGGAUGCUCUUUGCUCUCUGAGGGAUGGCAGCUACUUCUGUCUGGAGGAUGGAGAAAGGGGCAUAAAUUGCCAUGCUGUGAUACAGCCUUGGUCUUGGUGCUUGUGCAACCUAAGUGUAGAAAGAGUCCCUAUCCAAAGGGAAGGAGGUCAUAGUGUUGCUGGGAAAAGAAUAUAAUAUAAAUAUAAAGCUUCACAACAAUAAAAGCGUUCAUUCAGCAAAAUGUCAAUGUAGAUGUGGAUUUGUCUUUGCAUGCGAAAGAAGCUCAAGGAAGAAGCUAGAGUUAUUAGGAAAGGCUUCCUAAAGGAAGGAAUGAACAUAGAAUUGGGCAGCAAGAGACCUGGAAUUCAGUCCUAGCUAUGUGGUCAGAGGCAUGGCAUUUUCCCUAUUCCCUGUUUCCUCUUCUGUAAAAUGGAUCUACUUGGUUGGUGAGAUGGAUCUCACACUAUAUAAGACAGGUCAAAAUGGAAAUAUAACUUAGACAUAAAGGGUGAUACAUAAACAAAUUAGGAGAGCAUGGAAUCAUUGACUUGUCAAAUCUAUGGAUAAGGGAAGAAUUUAGAACUAAAUAAGAUAAAUCAUUGCAAAAUGUAAAAAUGUAUAUUUUGAUUAUAUAAAGUUUUUUAAAGUCUUGGACAAACAAAACCAAUACAAGCAAAAUUAGACAGACAGCAGAAAAAAAAAUGUGGGGGGGAUUUUGAUAGCAAAUAUCUCUGAUAAAGUUCUCAUUUCUCAAAUAUAGAAAGCUAAAUGAAAUUUGUAAAAAUAUUAGUCAUUGCCCAAUUGAUAAAUGGUCAAAGAAUAUGAAACGUUUUCAGAUGAAGAAAUCAAAGCUAUCUAAAGUCAUAUAAAAAUGUUCUAAAUCACUGUUGAUUAGAGAAAUGCAAAUUAAAACAAUUCUGAGGUGUCACCUCACACCCAUCAAAUUGGCUAAUAUAAAAAAAAAGGAAAAUGAUAAAUGUUGGAAGGGAUAUGGGAAAACUGGAAUACUAAUGUACUUAUUUGUUUAUUUUAUUUUUAAUUUAUGGAAUAAACAUGUGUUUCUCUAACAGUAUAAUUAAAAAGAUGAUUGCACAUGAAACUGCAACUCUAUUAUGUACAACUUGUUAUUUUUAAAUAUGUAAUAAAAUUAUCAUGUAAAUUUC